GAGUGCUGGGUGAGGUCUGUCCUAAGUAGUCGCCUGAGAAGAGCCGCGGCCCUUUCUAUUCCUGCCCUUCCUCCUAACCCGCGUCCGGCAAGCAGCUCGGGUAAAGCGAUGUUUUGAUGUUGUUCUUCCGGCUCCACUACCGCCUUUCAAUAAAGCUGUUGCUAGAGAGGAGAGAGGUUGACAGGCACCGUUCGAACACCUAUUCCUGCUGAGGAUAGUACAGGACCCAGGACGUAGAAACCGGCACGCUUCUCUCCCCGUUUUGGAUCGCUACGAGGUGGUAUUUCGUGGCUGUUUGUUGUUUUCUCCUUCCUUGCCGAGAUGUUCGUUUCCUGUUACGGCUGUGCGUGCUCCGAUUUCAAAGGCUUCACACUCCUUAUGCCGGCUGUAUCAGUGGGCAAUGUUGGCCAGCUGGCUAUAGAUUUAGUCAUUUCUACACUUCAUUUACCCAAAGUUGGUUAUUUUUAUACUGAUUGUCUUGUGCCAAUGGUUGGAAAUAAUCCAUAUGCAACAACAGAAGAGGAUGCAACAGAACUGUGCAUAAAUGCUGAAGUGUAUGCAGCAAUGUCAAAAGAAUUGGUGGUUCUGCAGAUCAGAUCACCAUUCAUAAAGAAUAAAUAUAGGCAUUUUUGUCAAAUACUGCUAUCGUGGGUGAAAAACUGUGAAUUUUCCAAAGUUGUUCUCUUGUCAAGCAGUCAUGCUUAUCAACGCAAUGACCAACAGCUUCAUGGCACCGCGUUGCGAUACUUGAUUUCACCUGCUGUUGAGAAAACAGUGGGAGAUGUUUUGGAGAGACUGAGUGGCAGUGAAUUGGAGCAAAUACCAACAUUUCCCGGAGUAAAUGAUGAUAAAAUAUUCUAUAUUCCAGGAGGCGGUAUUACAAAACUAUUGUUCACAGAGAGUUGUUCAAAAGGAAUUCCAUUGGUGGUUUUGCUGAAGUUCUGCUCUGAAGGAGAUAAUAUACCUGAUGCGCUUGCUCUUGCUGACUACCUUAAUGAAUCUUUACAACUAAUUGCACCUCAAAGUAGCAGUUCUCAAGCAAAAUCUUCACGAUGGAAAAUACCAAGUUCCUGGAAACUACUUUUUGGUAGUGGACUCCCAUCUUCAUUGUUUUAAAUCAUACAUUGUUUUCUAUAUAGCCCACUUGUAUACAAUCAAAUUUGUAUUUUGGAAUCUACAGGUCUAUGUAAUCUUAUAUGAAACUAGUGAUCACUUGUCACAUAUAUUUUAACUUACUUUAGCAAACUUAUUAUAUGAAAACUGGACGAAGUUGCACACAAAAUAAAUCCUUUCCAUAUUUUUGGUUUAAAUAUUGAAAUGUUCCAGCUUCUUCUCAUUAUUCGUAUUUAAUUUCUUCUGUCUUAGCGUAAUGAAGAAAAGCUUAGCUUUCAGCAUGUAUACCACUCCCAAUUUUCUGUCACGUGAGGGUGCAUGUAACAUUUGGACAAGAGGCAUUAUAGGUUAUGUAGUGAUCUUGUAAAUAUACUCAGAAAAUCUUGUACAAAAUAAUGAAGCAGAUUUUAGAAAAUCACAGGCAUUAUAUUUGACUUAAGUCCAAACUCAGCCUUGUUAAAAUAGGGAUUUGAGGCAUAUAAAGGUCUAUGUUCAUAGUACAGGUACAGAGAUGGUUUAGCUGUAAACUGGGAACAUGUGGUGUAGGUUUUUAAAGGGUUACUUUUAAAAUUUCUUUCUAGCUU